AUGCUGGUGAGAUACAAGAGCCAGGUUCCCACCUCCCGGCUUGCGCCUCUCUCCAGGCGUGACUCUACCCCCUCUCCGUUGCAGAGUCCAGCUGCCUCCCUCCAUCCAGAGUCUCGGAGCACUCCAGUCCCUGACGGCGGCCCGACGGGCAGAAGCCUGUCCCCAGGACGCCGGGAGAGGCCCCGGGGGCCUUGUGCGCCGCCGGGGCUGGAGGAGGCUCUGAGCGCGCUGGGGCUAGAGGGAGAACGUGAGUACGCCGGGGACAUCUUUGCCGAUGUCAUGGUGUGCCGCGCGCUGCCCCGGAGGGCCCUGCCCCCCCCCCCCCCCCCCCCCCCCCCCCCCCCCCCCCGCACCGUGACGGCGGAGAUGCGCGCGCUAGUGGUGGACUGGCUGGUUCAGGUGCACGAGUACCUGGGCCUGGCGGGAGACACGCUCUACCUGGCCGUGCACCUGCUCGAUUCCUACCUGCGCGCGGGCCGGGUGCGCCUACACCGCCUGCAGCUGCUGGGCGUGGCCUGCCUGUUCGUGGCGUGCAAAAUAGAAGAGUGCGUGCUUCCCGAGUCCGCCUCUCUCUGCCUCCUGGGCGCUGGCUCCUUCUCGCGGGCCGAGCUUCUGCGCGCGGAGCGCCGUAUCCUGAGCCGCUUGGAUUUUCGGCUGCACCACCCGGGCCCGCUACUUUGCCUCGGGCUGCUUGCUGCGCUGGCCCAGAGCGGCUCCCAGGUGUUGCUACUUGCCACUUACUUCCUGGAGCUGUCUCUGCUGGAGGCCGAGGCCACAGGAUGGGAGCCGGGUCGCCGUGCUGCUGCGGCGCUGAGCCUGGCACAGCGGGUGUUCGAUGGGGCGGGUUCCGGGCCCGAGCCGGCGCUUUACAGCCGCGCGGAGCUGGGCCCGCUCGAGCCAUGCAUGGUCCGCGCCGCGCUCCGAGGCCCCGCGCCCGGCCGCGCCGCCGUCUUCCUCAAGUACGCGCGGCCCCAGCGCCAGGGCACCAGCCUCGCCGCCGCCCGCCUGCUCCGCCACCCCCUGCCCGGGUCUCCCUGAGCCCGGAGACCCCAGCAAAAAAAGACUCUCCU